UCGUACCAGCACCCAUCGUUGACCAAAAUUGGCGCCUUCUUCGUUCCCCACGCCUGCUGUGCUGCCAUAGCUCCACUUCCUGCUCCUCAAUCGGAAUUUCUUGGCGUAGCUACAGGCGGAGAUCCAUGUUCCGAUUUAUCGGCGCUUGGCUACAGGCGGUGCUCCGGUAUAUUGCUGCGUGGCUUCCGGCGGCGGCGGAUGAUUCUGACGCCGCUGUUUCGUCGCCUCAUGCGGCGAUGGAUUUCCCCGUCACGGCUUCGCUCGGCCCCCUCCACCGGCCGCUCCAUUCCUUCAGGGCCACCAAGAACAACCUGCCGGAUGGGGUCAGCGAGGGCCAGGUCCGGCGCCUCGAGGCAGAUCUGGAGACACUGUUCACCGAGCUCAAGAUCGUGUCGGAAGCGGACGACCCAAGCUUCACGGCCAGGUGCUGGAUGAAGGAGGUGCGGGAGCUCCGUUACGACGCGGAGGACUUCUUCAACGAGGUCCCGCACUCCUCCGCCGGCGCCGGCGACGGUGCCACCCGCAGAGGCGCUCUCCUCACCACCAUCCUCUCGAUUCCCAGUAGGCUGAAGCGGCGGCGGCAGGUUGCAGAAGCUUUCUCAGAUCUGCGGGCUCGCGUGAAGGAUGCGAGUCAAAGACGCCAAAGUUUCCAGCUUGGUCCAGCGACCAUGAGAGAUGAAUUUGGGAAAGCCAAUGCCAGCCGCUCCCCCAAAUUUAUCGGUCUUGAGGAGUCCAUGGACAAGCUUGUCAAACUGAUGGCUUUUGACAGUGAAGAUGCAGAGCAACAAGUUCAGGUGGUAUCUAUCGUUGGAUCUGCAGGUGUUGGCAAAACCACACUUGCCAGGACCUUCUAUUGUAAAUUUGGAUGGAAAUUCCAGUGUCGGGCUUUUGUGCGGGUGUCGCGAAAUCCAGACAUGAGGAGGAUGCUUUCCAGCAUGCUCUCACAAAUUAAGGCGCCACCGGUCCAUGGCUUUCCCGAUGUGCAGGACCUUAUUGACCAUAUCAGAGAAUAUCUGCAAUGCAAAAGAUACUUGAUUGUAAUUGAUGACUUAUGGGCCUCCUUGACAUGGGAUGUUAUUAGCCGUGCUUUUCCUGAUGGUGAUUGUUGCAGCAGAAUAAUAGUAACCACGGAAAUCGAGGAUGUAGCACUGGCAUGCAGUAGGUACCAGUUUAAGUACAUGUAUGAGAUGAGUCCUCUUAAUGGUGAUCAGUCAAGACAGUUAUUCCUUGGUAGAGUUUUUGAGUCUGAAAAUGAUUGUCCUCCAGAUUUCAAACAAGUUGCAUAUGAGAUUAUCCGGAAAUGUGGAGGUUUACCAUUAGCAACUGAAGAUAUAGCAAGCAUGUUAGCAUGUCAGCUAAACAUCGAUCAAUGGAAACAUGUAAGAGAUUCUUUACCCUCUUUGAGUUUGAGGACAAACCCUAGUUCUGAAGGGUUGAAAGAAGUUCUCAACAUUAUUUACAAUAACCUUUCGCCAAAUUUGAAGACAUGCUUGCUAUAUCUUGGUAUAUAUCCAGAGGGAUGGACUAUCAGCAAAGAUGAAUUGGUGAAGCAAUGGGUAACUGAAGAUUUUGUCCGCGAUGAGCAAGACAGAGAGAAAACUGCACGAGAUUAUUUUGAUAUACUUGUCAGUAGAGGAAUGAUCCAACCUGUAGAAAAAGAUUAUAAUGAUGAGGUGUUGACAUGUACAAUUCACCACAUGGUACUAGAUCUUAUCAGGUGCAAAUGUCUCGAGGAGAAUUUCAUCAUUAAUGUGAGCUGCUUUCAAACAACUCCAGGUCUUCCUGACAAGGUUCGUCGACUGUCUGUCCAGUUUGGUGGUGCAAAAUGUGCAAGUAUACCAGCAGACUUCAUGAUGACUCAAGUUAGGUCACUUGUUUAUUUUGGGUUCUAUAACUGUGUACCUUCCAUUGUGGAAUAUAAGCUCCUUCGAGUUCUGAUUCUUCAUAUCUGGGCUGAUGAAAGCAAAAUAUUUGACCUCACUAGAAUUAGUGAACUGUUUCAGCUGAGGUAUCUGAAAAUUGAUUGUAACAUCACUGUCCAUCUGCCAGAUGAGAUUCGACAGCUAAAAUUCUUGGAGACACUGGAGCUGCAUGCACCAGUAAAUGAUAUGCCAUCGGAUAUUAGUUGCUUGCCAUUACUUCGCACUCUGGGCUAUUUUGAUCUCAGCAAGAACGCAACAGAGACUGUACAGAGCCUUGGGGAGCUGAACAAUCUCGAAGACCUUCAUCUCACUUGGUGUAACAGUGCAGAGCCUGACAAUCUGAAGAACAAUAUGCAAUGCCUGGGCUCAAUUCUCGGGAAACUCAGCAACCUCAAGUCUUUAACUCUAGUACCUGCAGCCGCCUCUCAUGCAGAUGUUCUGGGCGACGCUGGUGGUGCAAGCGUGCAUAUUUCUGGCGAUGUCUUCAGCAGCGUGUCCUUUCCCCCAGCCCUUCUUCAGAGGCUUGAGCUAGGGCGCUGUUGCAUCUUUUCCAGCCUACCCGAGUGGACCAAAGAACUUGGCAAUCUCUGCGUUUUGAAGAUCUCAGUUAGGAAGCUGUUGAGUAAAGAUAUAGAUAUUCUCAAAGGAUUGCCAGCCCUCAUGGCUCUCUCGCUGUACGUCUGGACUGCCCCUGUAGGGAAGGUCAUCUUUGAUAACGAGGGAUUCUCGGUUCUCAAAUACUUCAAGUUCACGUGUGCUGCCCCAUGCGUGGCAUUUCUGAAAGGAUCAAUGCCUAGUGUCCGGGAGCUUAAGAUAGCAUUCAAUGCUAAUAGAAUGGAGCAAUACAGCCAGAUAUUUCCUGGCUUAGAGUACCUGAUAGAACUUAGAGAGAUCACUGCAGAAGUUGGGGGCACUGGUACUGAUGAAUCCGAUAAAAGGUAUGCGGAGUCGGCAUUGAGUGGCGCCAUUGCCAAUCAUCCAUGCACUCCUAUAAUCAGAGUACAGUGUGUAGAUCAGAUUUUAUUUGGUGCCGUCACACAAGAACAAGAACACUGGACUCUGGACGAACAACAUGAGAUACAAGAGGAAUUGCUUGAUCCUCCCAUACCAGUACAAGAUCAGCCAGACAACAGCACUCCAGGCACUGAUGGUAAGGAUGAUUUCCAGAAGUUGCGCACAUACCUUCUAUUGCUUGGCAUCCUUGCCGCCACAGUCACCUACCAAGCUGGGACGAGUCCACCAGGAGGCUUUUGGGCAGAUAACAGUGAUGUGCAUACUGCUGGUGAUCCAAUUUUGGAGGUCAUCAGUCCCAAGCGCUACAAGGCAUUCUUUUAUUGCAAUGCCACAGCAUUUGUAGCAUCUUUGGUCGUCAUCAUCCUACUCCAGAGUCAGCUGAUUACCAUUCGUGCCAUCAAGCGUCGUGUAUUGCAAACAGCGAUGGCACUGAUCCUCUUUGGUCUCAUGGGAGCCUAUGUUGCUGGAAGCAGCAGGAAGUUCUCCACAUCCAUAUAUGUGUUCGCCCAAGUCCUCGUAGUUUUCGCCUAUGUUGUACUUCAUACUCUAUAUGAGAGCAGAGCCGGGAAUACUGAGAGUGCAGCAGGGAAUACUGAGAGCACAGUAGGGAGUACUGGGACUUACAUGCCAGAAACCUUCCAAAAUCCUAGUUCUUCUGAACCUACUCCUGAAGAAAUAAAAGAUUUGCAGAAGAGGCGCAAGUUUCUGAUGUUGCUCGCAACUCUAGCAGCUUCUAUCACAUACCAAACUGGGAUGAGCCCACCAGGUGGCUUUUUGGCAGAUAACAGUGAUGUGCAUGCUGCUGGUGAUCCAAUUUUGCUGGUCAUCAGUCCCAAGCGCUACAAGGCAUUCUUUUAUUGCAAUGCCACAGCAUUUGUAGCAUCUUUGGUCGUCAUCAUCCUACUCCAGAGUCAGCUGAUUACCAUUCGUGCCAUCAAGCGUCGUGUACUGCAAACAGCGAUGGCACUGAUCCUCUUUGGUCUCAUGGGAGCCUAUGUUGCUGGAAGCAGCAGGAAGUUCUCCACAUCCAUAUAUGUGUUCGCCCAAAUCCUCGUAGUUUUCGCCUAUGUUGUACUUCAUAUUCUGUUGCUUGUUAACAAGAGGCUAUGCAACGAUGGUCUGAGGCUACGUGCAUGCAUACUGGUUGUUCUGAUCAGCCUCAUGGGUGCUUUUGCUACUGGAAGCUGCAGAAAAGUGUCAACAUCUGGCUAUGUCAUUCUUGUUGUUCUUGCAGUGUUUGUCUAUGUCAUGAUUCAAGUCGCCAACACAAACAAGGGACGGAGUGCAGGUGAACAAACGGAAAGAUCGAAGGAGCAAGAACAAGAACACCGGAUUAUGGAAAAACAACACGAGACACAAGUGGAAUUGCUUGAUCCUCUUGCCGAUCACCUUAUUUCCACUCCAAGCACACAAAUACAAACCAGAGACGGUGGGCAGAAUGGAGGAGCAGAGAGAUCAAUGGAGGUGCUGACACUAGAACAACACCACAUGACUCUGGUCAAACAACACAAGAUUCAAGAGGAAUUGCUUGACCCUCUUCCCGAACUUCUUUCCACCUCAAGCACACAAACACAAACAAGAGAUGGAGUUCAGGGUGAACAAAUUGAAGGAUCGAUGGGGGUCCUAACACAUGAACAUGGGCACUUAUCUCUGGAAAAACAACAAGAGAUUCAAGAGGAAUUGCUUAAUCAAGCUCCUUCCGCUCCAAGCAGACAAACACAAGCAAGAAAUCAAGUGCAGGAUGGAGAAAUAGAGAGAUCGAUGGAGGUGUUUACACAAGAGCAAGAACAGUGUACCGUGGAUGUUGAGUAUAUAUGUGUUGCAUGUAGUAUGUAUAUUGUGGCCCGCCUCCUAGUUAUGUAUAGUUGAGAUUGAUGCUUACCUGUACUUAUAUAUACAUUGCACCGGCACCCCAUCAAUACAAUGAAUAUUGCAUUGCCAAACUAUC